CCCCCCCGCCGCGCACAAAAUGGAGCAGGGACCCGCGGCCGCCUCUGCCCGAUCGGAUGGCGAAGUGCCCUCCACGUCCGCGGCCUCCGCGCAGGAGCCCGGCGCCGAGGAGAAAAAUGAUCCUCCGUUUCAACUCAAACUUCCUCCAAAGGCAGCCAGGCCUGAAAAAGAGGUUGACCCAGAAUAUGAAGAGAAGAUGAAAGCAGAUCGUGCAAAAAGAUUUGAAUUCCUCCUGAAGCAGACAGAACUCUUCGCUCAUUUUAUCCAGCCUGCAGCACAAAAAUCACCAACAUCUCCAUUAAAAGUCAAGCUGGGACGUCCACGGAUAAAGAAGGAUGAAAAGCAGAGUUUGAUCUCAGCUGGAGAUUACCGUCACAGACGCACAGAACAAGAAGAAGAUGAAGAACUGUUGUCAGAAAGUCGGAAGACAUCUAACGUGUGUAUUCGAUUUGAGGAGUCUCCUUCAUAUGUGAAAGGAGGAACGCUAAGAGAUUACCAAGUCAGAGGUCUGAAUUGGAUGAUCUCCUUGUAUGAAAAUGGCGUUAAUGGCAUUCUGGCAGAUGAAAUGGGUCUUGGUAAGACUCUGCAAACAAUAGCACUGUUGGGCUAUCUGAAGCAUUAUCGAAACAUUCCUGGGCCACAUAUGGUCCUGGUUCCAAAAUCAACUCUUCACAAUUGGAUGAAUGAAUUUAAACGCUGGGUUCCUUCAUUACGUGCUGUUUGCCUUAUCGGAGAUAAAGAUGCCAGAGCUGCUUUUAUCCGCGAUGUUAUGAUGCCUGGUGAAUGGGAUGUUUGUGUUACAUCAUAUGAAAUGGUCAUUAAAGAGAAAUCAGUCUUCAAGAAGUUUAACUGGAGGUACCUGGUAAUUGAUGAAGCACACAGAAUAAAGAAUGAGAAGUCUAAACUGUCAGAGAUUGUCCGGGAGUUCAAGACAACAAACAGAUUGCUGCUUACAGGGACUCCUUUACAGAAUAACCUCCAUGAACUGUGGGCAUUGCUUAAUUUUCUUCUACCUGAUGUCUUUAAUUCUGCGGAUGAUUUUGACUCAUGGUUUGAUACCAAAAAUUGUCUUGGUGAUCAGAAACUUGUAGAAAGACUUCACGCUGUUUUGAAACCAUUUUUACUGCGUCGCAUAAAGGCUGAAGUUGAAAAGAGUUUGCCUCCAAAGAAAGAAGUAAAAAUUUAUCUUGGACUCAGCAAAAUGCAGAGGGAAUGGUAUACAAGGAUCUUGAUGAAAGAUAUUGAUAUCCUAAAUUCAGCUGGGAAAAUGGAUAAGAUGCGUCUGCUGAACAUUCUGAUGCAGUUGCGGAAAUGCUGUAACCAUCCUUACCUGUUUGAUGGUGCUGAGCCCGGCCCUCCUUACACCACUGACACACAUCUCAUCACUAACAGUGGUAAAAUGUUAGUUCUGGAUAAACUGCUGGCAAAACUCAGAGAGCAAGGUUCCAGAGUGCUACUUUUCAGUCAGAUGACCCGUUUAUUGGAUAUUUUGGAAGAUUAUUGCAUGUGGCGUGGGUACGAGUACUGCCGACUUGAUGGGCAGACACCACAUGAAGAAAGAGAGGAAGCAAUAGAUACAUUUAAUGCUCCCAACAGCAGUAAAUUCAUUUUCAUGCUGAGUACCAGAGCUGGGGGCCUAGGAAUUAAUUUGGCAACUGCUGAUGUGGUUAUUCUCUAUGAUUCAGAUUGGAACCCUCAAGUAGAUCUGCAAGCCAUGGAUCGUGCGCAUCGUAUUGGUCAAAAGAAACCAGUACGGGUGUUCCGACUAAUCACUGAUAAUACUGUUGAAGAGAGGAUUGUAGAAAGAGCUGAAAUAAAACUGAGGCUGGACUCUAUAGUUAUACAACAAGGGAGGCUCAUAGACCAGCAGUCUAACAAACUGGCAAAGGAUGAAAUGCUGCAAAUGAUCCGGCAUGGAGCUACACAUGUCUUUGCUUCCAAAGACAGCGAGUUGACGGAAGAAGACAUAACCACUAUUCUAGAAAGAGGAGAAAAGAAGACAGCUGAAAUGAAUGAAAGACUGCAGAAAAUGGGGGAGAGCUCUUUAAGAAAUUUCACUAUGGACACAGAGAUGAGCUUAUACAACUUUGAAGGUGAAGAUUAUAGAGAAAAACAAAAGUUGAGCAUGAUGGAAUGGAUAGAGCCUCCCAAACGAGAACGCAAAGCUAAUUACGCAGUUGAUGCGUAUUUCAGAGAAGCCCUACGUGUCAGUGAACCCAAAGUCCCAAAGGCUCCGCGACCUCCAAAACAGCCAAAUAUUCAGGAUUUCCAGUUUUUUCCCCCGCGGUUAUUUGAACUUCUGGAAAAAGAAAUUCUAUAUUAUCGUAAGACGAUAGGUUAUAAGGUUCCCAGGAAUCCUGACCUCCCCAAUGCAGCUCAGGUGCAAAAAGAAGAACAAAAGAAGAUAGAUGAGUCUAUGCCUCUGAAUCCUGAAGAAACUGAAGAGAAAGAGAAACUACUAACGCAGGGCUUUACAAACUGGAAUAAGAGAGAUUUUAAUCAAUUUAUUAAAGCUAAUGAGAAAUAUGGUCGUGAUGAUAUUGAUAAUAUUGCUCGUGAGGUGGAGGGAAAGUCACCUGAGGAGGUCAUUGAGUAUUCAGCUGUUUUCUGGGAACGUUGCAAUGAACUGCAGGACAUUGAGAGAAUUAUGGCUCAGAUUGAACGAGGAGAGGCAAGAAUUCAACGGAGGAUCAGUAUCAAGAAAGCCCUUGAUGCCAAAAUCGCAAGGUAUAAAGCGCCCUUCCAUCAGUUGCGUAUUCAGUAUGGAACAAACAAAGGAAAAAACUACACAGAGGAGGAAGACAGAUUUUUGAUCUGCAUGUUGCACAAGAUGGGCUUUGACAAAGAGAAUGUGUAUGAGGAACUAAGGCAGUGUGUGCGCAACGCUCCUCAGUUCAGAUUUGACUGGUUUAUCAAAUCCAGAACAGCAAUGGAGUUUCAGAGACGCUGCAAUACUCUCAUAUCUUUAAUAGAAAAAGAAAAUAUGGAAAUUGAGGAAAAAGAAAGAGCUGAAAAGAAGAAAAGAGGAGCAAAAGUCACAGCGUCACAGAAGAGAAAAGCAGACCUGGCUGCUGAAAACUCUGGAAAGAAAGAUGCUAAGAAAGUUAAAUCAUGAACUUGGAAAAUGAAUUAAAAAUGUAAAGCUGUCUCUUUCUUCUUUCAUCUACAAGUAUUGAUUGCCAACUUCUCUGUAUUCAUGGUACUUGCCCACAAAUCCCUUGGCUUAAUUUUGCAAUUUUGUAUAUUUUACAAUGCCUUUCUUUACCUAGAAUGUGUAGCUUGAUAUUUUAUGCAUUCCAGUAUUUUUGUGUACUGUAUUUUGUGAAUUUCAUGUCUUCAGCAAAAUUCACUCAGUCCUUGUUUUUUUAAGCUUGUGCUGAGGUUUUAGCUUUUAUAUGUUUUAUAUGCUGCUGCUUUGAAAGAAAAACUAGAUUCUAUAGCUGUAUUAUUGUUGUUUCAUAUUUUAAAUUUAUAUGGCUGUGGGAAAAUAAACAAAAUUAAAAUUAUUUGAAGAGAAACAUACUUCAUCUUGGUUUUCCCUCCCCUCUUUUCUGCAUAGCCACAUUUAAAGUGAAUGUUAAAGUUUGUAUAAUUGUGCCUUCAUCAUCAAUCAGAUUUUUUUUGGAGUACAUAGAAAGGAUCAGGAGCAUGACAAAACAGAAAAUCUAAUGAGGCUGACGUCCUUGUUUGGUGACAGAAUUAAAUGGGUGUUUUACUCAGAAGGAAGUGCUGCAGAUCAUUUUUUUUUUCCUAAUCACUGCUUUCUAUUAGGCUGCAUGUGUGCUUAAACACAGGGUGAAGUGUUUCUUGGAAUGACCUCCAGAUUAAACCUUUUCCAUGCCUAAUGAAUGGAAGUGCGCAACUAAUAGCUUCUUUAAGUAGCAAACAAAAUAAUUCAUCUUUUGGUUGGUAGGCUGCUCAGAUAUGUUGCCUUGUGCUAGAAGAUCUGUUGCUGUAAUUAGCUCUUAACUCUUUCUCGUUUUACCUUUGAUUCAACACGUCAGUCAGAAGCAAUGGGGAUAUGCUAUGGAGUGCUCCUUUUUAGUAUUUCCAUUUUAAUGAGGGGAUGAAAGUGUUGGAUGUACCUUUUCUUGACUUUGUGAGAAUGGCCUUUAUUAAGCAGGUUCAUAGUUUCUGCUCACCUUGGAGUCUCUGCCUUUCCCAGAUAAGUAGAACAGUGACUGUGACAUCUCAUGUUUUACUUUAAUCUUCCGUCUCUGAUCUGGUGUUUAGUAUGGACCUUGCCACAGCAACACAUGCCCUUAUAAUGUCAAGUCUAGAUUAAUGCAGCGUGCUUUACAUGGUACCUUCCUUGAAGACAAUGUGUACAUUUCUUCUAGUGCGGUUUGCUUCCUUCGUGAGUGGUUUGAGAUGAUAAUGUUGCCUUGUAUUUCAUGCUUUUGUUGGCUACUUUCUUCUGAAUUUUGUAAAACUUAAACUUUAAUAAAAACUUACUGAGUUCUA